AUGAGCAACCGCCCACGAUCAAACAGCAGGACUUCCUCCUCCAGACGACCUGACGAUUACGAAAGUAGUUCGAGUUCUCGACCCCAAGGCACUAGAUUGAACAGAGACAAUGUCAAUUCAAGCUCACAUCCCCGUACGCAAUCGCUCAGCAGAAACAAUGCCGGAACUAUGCUAGCUCGGGACAAUUAUUCCAGCUCUUCGGGACAGAAUUCUUCUGCACUUGUUCAGGGCACAAGACUCGCUCGAGACCACUCAAUUGCUCCACAGCAGAGUAGCAGAACAGAUUCGAGAACUUUGGCACCACACAACCAAGGGACACAGCUUCAUCGGGACUCCUCCUCCUCCUCUUCCGUUCCUCAACAAGGUACUAAACUUCAACGAGACAGUAACAUCCCUCCGACUUCCACUCGGCAUAAGACCCUCUUGAAGACGGAGAGAGAUAUCACCAUGGCAUCUCGUCAGUUGAGCAUCAAUAAAAUGUCUCCCGAGGAGCGUAAAAAGCAAGAAACAUGGUGUCGAGAGCAGAUUGACCUUGCUGGAGCAUGCAUUGCCGGCUUCGGGUGGGUGCGCCAGAAACACGGAUUUCGGUGCUCUGGAGGAAAUCAUUAUAUUUCCGAUCAAUUACUAUCUCUUGGACUUGGAUGGUUUUACCAAACAGCAGGCGGGUUUCAUCAAUUAAUUGGUGGUCUUGCAGAACAAUGGGACGCGAUUUGGUCCGGUCCAUACGCAGCACAAAUGCGAGGUGCACCGUUUCACGGUUUUCAGCCUCUUGUACAUGAAAGUGGGAAAGUUCCUUAUGGUGAAAGGAUUCCGGCAAAAAACUUAGGCGUUGAAGAGUUCCCACUGGGACCCGGGCUUGUGCCAAACGUGGGACAAUUUGGAGGACGUGGAAGGUUUGGAGGACCCGGAGGAUUUGGAACAACUGGAGGAUAUGGAGCUCUUGGAGGCUCGGGAGGGGGGCGGUCGGGUUAUUAG